GUAGCCAAUCCUCUGACAGCUGAUGUAACUUCUGCUUUCAUACGUCACUUUUGUGGUCUAACGGACUCAGAGUGAAAAAAGCGCCAAACAGCAAGACGCACCAGAGACGAGGAGACGCCUGACGAUGGACAACCUUUUCAGCAUGAAUGUGACCUCCAUGGAUGACAUCAUCACAACAAUGAUCACAGAGGAACCAUCUGCUUUCAGUUCCUCGGCCACCUCUGACAAUUAUGACUACUCAGGGGACUACGGAGACGACUUGCUGUGCGACCGGGAGUCGGUGCGGAUGUUCAGGAGUCACUACGAGCCACCGCUCUUCUGGAUGAUCGCCCUGGUGGGCGGAGCCGGGAACCUGGCCGUGGUGUGGAUCUACCUGAACUUCCGGCGCCGGCUGAAGACGAUGACCGACGUGUACCUGCUGAACCUGGCCGUGGCUGACCUGCUGUUCCUGGUUACGCUGCCGCUGUGGGCGGCCGAGGCGUCGCACAGCUGGAUCUUCGGCACCUCCCUCUGCAAAAUAAACUCCGCCCUCUACAAGGUGAACCUGUUUAGCAGCAUGCUGCUGCUUACCUGCAUCAGCGUGGACCGCUACAUCGCCAUUGUGCAGACCACCAAGGCGCACAAUUCGCAGGUGGAGCGCCUGCGCUGCAGCCGGUUGGUGUGUGCGGGGGUGUGGCUGCUUGCGUUGCUCCUUGCCACGCCCGAGCUGGUAUUCGCUGCCCCCGCAAAGGUGGAAUCGCAGGACUACUGCCGUAUGGUGUUCCCGCCCCACCUUGGGAACAGCACCAAGAUCCUGGUGCUGUCCCUGCAGGUGAGCAUGGGCUUCUGCCUGCCCUUCAUCGUCAUGGCCUUCUGUUACAGCAUCAUCGUCGCCACACUGCUCAAGACCCAGGGCUUCCAGAAGCACAAGGCCAUGCGUGUGAUCCUGGCGGUGGUGGUGGCGUUCGUUGUGUCACAGCUGCCUUACAACAGCGUGCUGGUGAUGGAGGCGGUGCAGGCCUCCAACAUCACCAUCACGAACUGCGAUCAGCUGAAGGACUUCGACAAGGCGGGGCAGGUGCUGAAGAGUCUUGCCUACAUGCACGCCUGCCUCAACCCCUUCCUCUACGUCUUCGUGGGCUCGCGGUUCCGCCGUGACGUGGUGCACCUGCUGCGCUGCUGCCGCUGCGUGCCGCCCAUCACCAAGAUUCAGCUGUCCACCAAGUCCAGCAGGAGCCCGCUGAGCUCCACCCGAGCCUCGGUGAUGUCUGACAGCGAAACCUCGCAGGCGCUGUCGCUGUAGAAACCGUCAUCGCGCAACUUCCUGUUUGUGCCAGGGCAGCUGCAACAGCAGACCUCGCCAACGGAAGACGCCUCAAUCGCAGGAAGAGUUUUUAAGAAGCUUUGAUUCAACACGUAUGCUGCUUCACCCUAACAUCCACCCACAGAGAGUCAGAGCCCGCUCAUCUGAGAACACCUUCACCUCAGAGCACAGGACAGGUGGAGGCUGGGCGCGCCUGCUGGUUACAGCUUUCACAGUUUUGGGGAAAACAAAUAGAAACCUUUGUAAUGAGAAUGUAAAGCCUCCACAUCAUUUCUGAGCCAAUUCCAGGACUUUUCCAGGUGUUUCCAGGACUUUUCAGGGCUUGCUUGUACAGUAAACAUGAAGCUGUUUUUAAAUGUGACGUUUUAGCUGCUGUAUCAAAGAUGGGACCUGUCUCCUCACUGCGUUUGAACAGAAACUGAGCCAAAGCUGAAAUGUGACUGAUGCUGUAUAUAACCCUGUGUGUGUGUGUGUGUGUGUGUGUGUGUGUGUGUGCGUGUGCGUCACACCAAUGUAAAUGUUUUGGUUUUCUGAGUUAUGAAAAUAAAGUGCGAGAGAAAAACGGGGAAGUUGAUCAAA